AUGCCCGCCAUUUCUGCGGCUAAAUUUAUCGGCCCCAAUAUCGCACCAUUGCUUCACUCUUCAAUUCCUGCAUAUGCCCUACAGUUUACAACUUUUUACUCUUUCCGUUUCUCGAAACCCACUGCGUGUCCUCAAACCCUAGCUCCUUCCAGAAGGAAAUUCCAGUUUUUCUCAAAAUCCUCUGAGACAGAGCUAUCAGCCGCAGAAGAAGAAUGGCUUAAAAAGCUUCCAGAGAAGAAGAAACCCUUGUAUUCUCACAGUCUUCCCUGCAUAGAGGCUUGGCUGAAGAGAUUAGGAUUUCAUCAGAGCAGCGAAGAUCGAGCUGUAUGGUUUAUCGAAAAGACUGAUUGGCAUGCUCAGUUAUCUCUUGAUGUCACUGAUCUUUAUAUAAGGUACUUAAAGAGUGGACCUGGAAAUCUAGAGAAGGAUGUGGAGAGGAGAUUCAGUUAUGCUCUGAGUAGAGAAGACAUUGAGAAUGCAAUACUUGGAGGGCCGUAAAAAAUUCUGCAUUUAAUAUCACUGGCUCUAGAAACUGUGGUAGUUGGUCUAACCCAAUGUUGUAUAGUGUUC